AAGAGUUAGUAGUGUAUGGAAGCAGGGAGGAGGUGGUGGUCGCCUUGUGAUGGGGUCUGGAGUGAGCAGCACAGAGUAUACUAGUCUAGUAACCCCCCAGCAGCAGGUCUUUGAGUGAUGGCAGGUUUGGGUGGACAUGGGGCAGCGGCGGUGGUAUGAUGAUGCCCACAGGGUGUGGAGGAGCUACUGGCUGGGUUGGUGGGAGCAGGGGAAGGUGGAGCAGGAGGAGAAGGAGGAGGAGGAUGAGCAGCUGCAGCAGCACGCUGCACAAGGCUAGGAGGAGGUGCGAGCAGCAGUGACAGGCUGGCAGCCCAGACACUACUGCUGCUGCUGCUGCUGCUCGGGCUGCUCCAGGCUAUCUCUGCCCGGCAACUUUUAGUCCUCCUAACAAAGCAAGAGACGCCGGCGGUGUGCGGAGCGCUGUACAGCCAGAGCAGCGCCGGGCGGAAGGAGGCUCUCUCUCUCUGUGUGACAUUAGUGAGAUCCUGCUGCUGCUGGGAGGGGAGGAUGGCUGUGAGGUCCCGGAGACCGUGGAUGAGUGUGGUAGUGGGACUAAUCCUGGGAUUUACAGCAGCCUCUUGGCUGAUCGCACCUAAAGUAGCUGAGAUGAGCGAGAAGAAGAGAAGGUCCAAUGUCUGCUCUUACUACAGCCGAGGUGGGGAGAGGAUGCAGCCUGGUCAGCGUGGGGACACGAGGAUCCCCGCCAGGGAUGAGCCUGAGCACAGACAGGGCACGGUGCCCAUGGACAGCCCGACCACUGCACCCGGAGCAGAGGAGAUGGGCAAUAGGAGUAAUAAGAAUAGUAAUAGCAGCGGCAGGCACGGGGGGACGUACAAUGGAAGUGGCAACUGGGGUCCCCCCGAGGAGAGCCGGAGAAAUUUCCUCUAUGUGGGGGUGAUGACAGCUAAGAAGUACCUGGACACCCGGGCAGUGGCGGCGUACCGGACCUGGGCACCGUAUAUCCCGGGGAAAGUGGAGUUUUUCUCCAGCCAGGGCUCAGAAGAGAUCCAGCUCCCAGAGCCGGUGCCGGUCAUUUCCCUGCCCGGGGUGGACGACUCGUACCCUCCGCAGAAAAAAUCUUUCAUGAUGAUCAAGCACAUGCAUGACAAGUACCUGGAUAAGUACGAGUGGUUUAUGCGAGCUGAUGACGAUGUGUACAUCAAAGGUGAAAAACUAGAGGGAUUCCUAAGGUCUCUGAACAGCAGCAAACCACUUUAUUUGGGGCAGACGGGACUUGGGAAUAUAGAAGAACUUGGAAAACUGGGACUUGAGCCUGGAGAAAAUUUCUGCAUGGGAGGCCCAGGAAUGAUCUUUAGCCGGGAGGUAUUAAGAAGAAUGGUGCCACACAUUGGUGAAUGCCUACGUGAGAUGUAUACUACACAUGAGGAUGUGGAAGUGGGCAGAUGUGUGCGACGCUUUGGUGGAACUCAGUGUGUCUGGUCCUAUGAGAUGCAGCAACUGUUCCAUGAAAAUUAUGAACACAACAGAAAAGGAUAUAUACAAGAUUUGCACAACAGCAAAAUCCAUACAGCUAUAACACUACACCCUAAUAAAAGACCAGCAUACCAGUACAGGCUGCAUAAUUAUAUACUGAGCCGGAAGAUUUCUGAAUUACGCUUUCACACCAUCCAGCUUCACAGAGAAAGCGUUUUGAUGAGCAAGCUCAGUAACACAGAGAUAAGCAAACUAGACCAGCAGCUUGGUAUGAUGCCAUCUUUCAAUAGAUUUCAGCCACGGGAAAGAAAUGAAGUAAUCGAAUGGGAGUUUCUCACAGGCAAACAUAUUUAUUCAAUGUCUGCGAAUGCUCCCCCAUGCCAGAGCCUGAAUAACCUUCUCAGGGUGUCUUUAGACGACACAGUGAUGCAAGUCAUGGAAAUGAUCAAUGAGAACUCCAAAUCCAGAGGAAGGCAAAUUGAUUUUAAAGAAAUUCAGUAUGGGUACCGCAGGAUCCAUCCGUUGUAUGGAGUAGAAUAUGUAUUAGAUUUGCUGCUUCUAUACAAAAGGCAUAAAGGUAGAAAACUUACUGUCCCGGUAAGACGCCAUGCAUACCUGCAACAAUCCUUUAGUAAACCAUUUUUCAAAGAAGAAGAGGAACUGGAUGUGCAGAGCUUUCUGCAGAGUAUUAAUAGCGACACCCAGUCUUUUUCUUUUUUCUCCAAUUCAUUGAAAAUGUUUUCUGCACUUCACAUAACUAAGGAAAUGAAAGAAAAUAGUGAAAAGAAAAUACAUUUCCUUGUUCCUCUUACUGGACGAUAUGACAUCUUCAUGAGGUUCAUGGACAACUAUGAAAAGAUCUGCCUGAUUCCCAAGCAGAACGUGAAGCUGGUCAUUAUACUGUUCAAUCCUGAAACAACCCCUGACUCCAACAAGCAUAUGGAACUCAUGGCAGAAUACCAAAAUAAGUAUCCCCAAGCAGACAUGUCUAUAGUGAAAAUGUCAGGACAAUUUUCUAGAGGUUUGGGUCUUGAUAAGGGAUCUGCUCAGUUUGACAAUGAUACUCUACUGCUUUUUUGUGAUGUAGACUUGAUUUUCACAGCAGACUUUCUACAAAGAUGUCGGGAUAACACCAUUCAGGGACAGCAAGUGUAUUACCCGAUUGUAUUUAGUCAAUAUGAUCCAAAAGUUAUAUAUGGUGGAAAUCCUCCUGCGGACAGCAAUUUUGUUUUCACUAAAAAAACAGGCUUUUGGAGAGACUAUGGAUUUGGGAUUACGUGUAUUUAUAAAAGUGAUCUUCUGAAAAUUGGUGGGUUUGAUACCUCCAUUCAAGGUUGGGGGCUCGAAGAUGUGGACCUCUUCACUAAAGUUCUAUCUUCUGGUCUCAAAGCUUUUCGCAGUCAAGAAACGGGGGUAGUUCACAUUUUUCAUACUGUCCAAUGUGACACUAAUUUAAAUCCUAAACAGUAUAAAAUGUGCUUGGGUUCCAAAGCAAGUACAUUUGCAUCUGCUGCUCAAUUAGCAGAAAUUUGGUUAGAGAAACAUUUAGGUGUUGGAUAUAACCGAACUCACUCCUGACAUGUAAACUCAUUGUUAUGUCAAGGGGAGUUUACCUCAUUCUCUAAUUUGGUCAUUGUUGUCAACAAACUGCUCUAUGUCUUCCAAAGGAUAUUUGCUGUUCACACAGACAAAAAAAAACUCUACUGAUUUCCAGUAUUUUAAUUUCCUACUGAAGAGGGUACUACAGUAGUUCCCAUUUUUGUGUUUGGAAAUGAGUAAGAUUUGCCGAUGAGUUACAUGGUCUUAAGGAGCACAUUUAUUAACGACGAGUCAUCCAACCCAGAAGUUGAUUCUUAAUGGGGAGUAGGGUGCAAUAUCAUCAUUAUUGUAUUUGUUAAUGUGAUCCAAAUAUUUGCUGGCAAAGGAACCACAAAAGUGCAUUAUGUUUCCCUUUGGGAAAAGACUUGAGUUUUAUAAUUUAUAAAAAGACUUAAGUAUAUAAAUACUACUUUUGUUCUUCUUUAGAAUUUUUAAUGUACAAAGAUAACUAUGAUGAUUGUAUCUUUAUUUUUUAAAACUAUGUUGAAAAGGAUCUUUUCAUGAACAGCUGGUACUGGCUACCAAAUUCCAAAAUGUCUUACUAUGCGUCUAUUUCCGAAUGUUUUGCGCCUAAUGUAAAUUGACUCUAUUCUCCAGGGAAUAUAGUAACAUCAAAAUUUAAGUACUGAACAUUCUUGAAACCAUUUUCUAUUGAUAGCUGGCAAGAAGAUGAAUUUAAUGAACAUUAUUAUUUAUAAGAAAGAACAAUGAAACGUAUCUUUUUAAACAAAUAUGCAAAAUGUGCUUAUAUUUUAGUGACUCAGACCACAAAUGUGUUCCCAUUCAUAUGCCCUCGUGCUGUGAGAAUUAAUGUGAUAAAUCAAUUGAUAUUUAAAGGUGCAGUGCUGCUUAUAUUCUUCGUAACACCAAAUCUAUUUUUUUCUAAAGUUACCCUUAAUAUCCAUUAUCAUGUAUUAAUCACAAGUUUGUUAAGACAUAAUUUCACUAUAUCCCAUUUUUGUUUUUAAAUCAAGCGUUUUUUUUUAAAGAUUUUUUGACUAUAUCCCGUUUAUUCAUUAGAGUAGCAGCAUAUCCCCUAAAACCAUACAAGAGCAAUUUUUUAUGGAAACUCAUUGGAACUGUCUAAACCUUGUAAAGUGUAAUUUACUCUUCCUCUACUCUGAAUGUACCAAAAUGUAAUUUUCAUAUUUAGGUGCUUUAUAUAACAUUUCCCUCAGGACAGAAUGCAAAUCUUGUCAACAACUUAAUGAAUUGUGCAUUAAGCACUGACUCGUUGCUGAUCCCAGUAUAUAGUGUGUCGCACUUGUUCAAACUGGACAAUCAAUAAUUUACACUGCUACAUACAUUUAGCCAUGGUAAAUUAUUCAUGACUCAGCAUUAAUCUCAAGGUUUCAUCCAUUAGCUUAAAGGACAAGAGAGACAAAAAAUCCUGUUACAUUUUGAAACUUUUGUGCUACUAUUUAUAACAGACUGCCAAAAAAUGGUUCUGGCUGAUUUGUCAUUGACAUGGUAAGAAGUAGUUUGCUAGGGACGCAAAUCGGAUUUAGAAAGUUCUAUGUUUAUUCACCCUAAAAUGAAAAUUGUUGGAAAAGUAAGUGUUACCUUCCAAACAAGCCCUAAUAAUAUGUUAAUGGUGACAAAUGAGUCACAGUUCAGUAGGUUACUACCUUGUUUGGACAGCUGUGGCUGUGUGGAGGUAAGGGCAAUAAGGGAAACCUUAUUGCCCUUAACUCAAUAUAACCACAGCUGUGUCUAGCCAGUUGCCCCUUUGAAGAGUCAUCCGCAAACUCAGUUGUUGGAGAAGCUACAGUAGUCAUGUUCAUCAGUGCAGCUGGGGAGUUAUCCUUAAAGAUGCCAUCUGGCCAUUGCUAAUGUCAGGAAGUUGCAAAAUUUCUAUUUUUUAAUUUGAACCACAACAAUUCUGUUGGGCCUUUUGCAGCAUAUUGUAGCUUCUUAUGGUCCAAAAUAUAUAUUAUUGUUGGUGAAUAAAAACAUUUUCAGAUGGGGAGAUGUAUCAAAUUGAUUUUAAGGAUCUAUGAAAUUCAGUUGGCAUGUAUCAUUGUAGAUCUGUCACUGAUCUCCCACAGUACUAAAAGUUAUGGGUCUACAUCAUGCAGAAACACUCGCUAUAUAGUCUGCAAUGGUUAUGGGGUAUAGUGGAAAUUGUAGCUUGAACUUACCUGCUAAUGCCAUUAUUAAAGUGACAAUAUCUUGUGGUUGAAUCAGAGUAGGAGGGCUAGGGAUAAAGUGUGUUGUUACAAACAGGUCGCAAUUAACUAAUGUCAAAUAAAAUGUUCAAUUCACAAUAAUCACUGCUAAUUCUAACGGGAUAGUAACCUAAAAAGAAGCAUACCUGAUUAGAAGAAUGUAGUGGGGACAGCGUGACAAUAGAAGGACACCAGAAAACUAUAAAAUGAUUGUUAUUAUUUAAUAAGGUAUACUAGCAUCAUUGGGAAUAAUAUAUACCCAUAAAAACACUGCUUCUGAUGAAACUAGUAUAUCCUUGAAAAGCGUUAGUUACUAGUACCACCAUUAAUAUACCCAGAGACACCUGAGACACUCCUGAUUAUACAGCAAGAAUUUUCACCUACAUUGCUGCCAACACUCAUUGUUCAUUGGGACCUGUGGGACCUUUGGACUACAAUAUACCUUAUCCAGCAAUUGUUUUCUAUCCUUCAGCCCCCAACACCUACUGUAGGUCCACAAUCUAAACUGCUCUGCUUAUCCUGAACAGAACUGCACAAAUUACAGGAACAGGCACUCAUCAUCCUGGAGUUAUUCUUUGAUGCACCUGUGUAUCAGGGACGUGCGGCGAGCUGCUACAUUUGCAAUUUCAGUUGGUAAUAUGAUCUAAACUUUAUAUCCCCAAAGAUACUCAUAGGAUCUGUAUACAACUGUCCAGGUGGCUCUGUUCCAUUAUAGGUUCUAUAUACAAUUGACAUGUGCUUUAAUACUGUAUAUGUGUUUAUUAUAACUAGCAUAUUUUUUUAUGAUAGUUAUAUUUAUAUUACUCCCAAUGUUGCUAGAGUUCCUUAUUACAUAAUAACAUUAUCAUUUUACAUUUUUCUGGUGUACUUAUCUUAUGGUAUAUUAAGGUGCCUCUUCAUAUCACCCUUGCAGCAGGGCAAUGCCCCGAAUGUAUUGAAGGAUAAUCUGACUUUAUUUCACAAUUUAUCACCAGUCCAUAUACAUUACCUUGUGUUAUUUUGACGUUACACAUUUAAACAAAUCUGGACUUAAAUAUUUCAUACUGUAAAUAAAAAGGAACAAAAAUGUAACUGAUGGAAGUAAAUGAUUCUGCUGCUCCCCAUAGAUGCUGUCAUCAAAUGAAAAGACAGCUGUACUGUAUGUUAAAUGUACUGUAUGACUUUUACAUACGCAUUCACUAUUCCAAAGUUAAAAAAAAAUUAAUAUUGAAUGCAUAACUUAAACAGAUUUUAAAAUCUAACAACCAGUAGCAAUUGCGAUAAGAACUAGUGGGGAAAUAUCUAAAAUAUAUACGAGAAUAACCGUUAUCUGUUUCAGUGAACACAUGUGUGACCAAAGUUAUUAUACAGAUGACAUGUAGAAUGCAUGUGUUGCUCUUUAUGGAUCUGUUCCAGUACAAAUAUUUGCCCAGGAAUGCCUAACAGUAGGCCUCUGGCAGGUGGACAUUAACAUCUGGCUUGUUAAAGUUGAUGACAGCAGUAGUCAGUCAAUUGGAGGGACUGCUGGAUAUCCGUGCAUUACAGAAACAAGUACUGUAGCUGCUAUUUUAAGACUCUGUGAAUUCAUUGCAUCUGGUUGCAGAAGUUAUUCAAAUCUUAUAAAACACCAGGGAGAAAUUUAGAUUAGCAAUUAGCAUGAAAUACUAUGCAGAAAUGAUUAUAUCUUUCCCAUGUUAUCUGAAAAUACUUGACACUGCAGCAAAUUAAAAGAGAUUAUGUAAAGUACAGUUGCUGCAAAAGAUAAGAGGAAAUAAAAGUCUAAUGUUAGCGUCAAAAAAAUACAAGUAAAUGUAUAGCUAUAUCUACUAUAUAUAUACAUAUAUAUAUAUACAGUAUCAUUAUUUGAAAGCAGCUGUAGAAGCAUGUUUGUAUGUCAGCCAAUGUAUAUUUUACAUGGUAACAGAGUUUGCUAAUUUCAGUAGAAUUCAUGUAGGUUAGUUUACGAUACACAUAAUAUAAACGUAUUCGCAAUGAUAACUGUAUAGUAAUACAUUUGUAAAAACAAAAACAAAAAACUCCCCUCCUGAUUUUUGAAAUAGUGUCUGAGUAUAAGAAUGUGAUUAAAACAACAAUGCAUAUUACAAUUGUAGACUGAUCUUGCCAGCAGCUCUCUGUAAAACAGUAUUGUUUGAAAAGUUACUAGUUUACUUUUUAAAUCUUUUUUUUUUCUUUUAAAAAUGGUGCAUACUUGUUAUUGAUGACAUUGUCCAUUUCAGACUCCUCAUGCUUGUCUCUAUAGAGCCAUUUUUUAUUAUGUAAUAUUUAAGGUAUUAUUGGUUACUUGCUGGUCUGGUAACUUAUGCAAAAAUAUUCCUUUUUUUCUGUUAAUUUUAUAAAAUAUUGCAUUUCUUUAA